AUGGGCGGUAUGAAGAAUCAUGCUAGGAAACAUUCAGCGACGCCCGGCCUCUUCGAGCCGUCGCUGCCAUCAACCAGCACCUCGAAUCUGGGUCAUCUGGGAAUGAGCAUGUCGACGGCAGGAAAUAAUUCGGCGACGUCUGUGCUGUCCGCCAGUCAGAUUGCGGCGCAGGCCGCGGUCAUGUCACAUCAGCAUAGUCAGCAGCACGCGCGGCAACGUUCCUCAACCGUGCCCCAUCCCAACGACGGCGCUGAUGGGCCGAGACGAGGCAGUGGGAGUAAAGGACCCGUCAGUCCGCCCACGCUCAGCCUGACAGAGGCCAGCGCGCCACGAGAUGCCGCCUUCGGGACACAUCACUAUCAGCAAGGCAGACUAGCAUCCGGGAGUGCGCACUCCAGCGCCGCCACCGCUGCUGCGAAUGUGGUGUUCCCCCGGUCGGGACACAACUCGCCCAGCCCGGGUCUGGCUGCGUCGCAGAUGCCGCCUCCCCCGAUACCACCGCCUGCUUCGGAGAAACCUAGCAAGUCGGAAAAGGCGAGGGCAAAGUUAUUCUCGCGACCGAGCAAAAUCAGUACCAAGAGCGACACCAAGGAGAAGCCACUGCCGAGUCCAGGGAAAAUUGGAUCGGCCCUCUCGGCCCUGCAGCGUGGGAACUUUAGCACUACAAGCCUCGUCGAGCCGAACACCCAGGCCUUAUACAGCCAUAGCAACUCUUCUGCCGCCACCAUCCGACCAUCCGACGCGCUUCCAGAGGACAAGGGCAAGGAGAAGGAGAAGAAGCAUCACUUCUUAUCGCGGCAAAAACACAAGCUCAAGGAUGAGUUCCACUUGCCACUUUCUUCAGUCGCAAGCAACUCAGUCCCUACCGAUCCGAAUGCGCCUAAACCACUGUACAACUUCAACCUACCUCCGAGCCCCGGCGUCGGCUCAAGUAACUUCGUCAAAGCCAAGAAGGAGAAGAAACUCGCAGAGCGUUCCGAAAGUCGUCUAGGGCAUGGCGAUGAAGCAGCAGACUACUGGUCAGCCACGGGAAGUGUGCCGAACCUAUCGCAGCAGUCUACCAUGUACGACCCAAUAGAUCCGGGGAAAUUGGGCUUGCAAAAUCAGAUGACCUUAGACGACGCAUGGCCGUACCUCAAGGCCAAGUUGCUCGUCAUCUUCGAGGGCGAGGACUUGAGGCUGCCAGUGGAAGACUUCAACAGGGUCGUGCAAAUGCACAUUCAGUACUGCAUACAUCGCAGGUCCCCAAACAGCAUGCUUGAGGACUUGCGAGAUCUUCUCUCGGUGGGGUUUUCGUCGCUGGAUCGUACGUUGCGCAAGACCCCGGAAGAGCGGUUCAUACCAACUCUUGUGGAGUUGUGGCUCUUCACCUUCACGUCUAUAUUACCGUACAUGCAGUCCGUUUUUCUUCCACUCGAUCUUGAAGUGUCCGGUGGCGGUACGAUCAUGAACCGUGAUCAGGCUCGCGACUUCUGGGGAGGGGUCGUAGCGAGACCGUCGUCCGCGGAUGGACCAGCUCGCGUCGCGCCGGCCGCCACAGUUCUCGACGUGCGGCGCCUUGUCCUGAUUGCCUACCGGGACAGCAUCAUCUUGCCUCGCUAUGACAAACUCAGAACAAUUUUUUCUCGCUUGUCACUCGAAUUUCUCCCCUCAUCUUUCAACACAUCAUAUGGCUCCCCGCAGGACGCCAGUCUGUCAACGUCGCCCCCUGAAUCCUUCCUUUCGAUGGCGCGUCCGGGGACAGCAAUGUCUCUUGACCCGUCCAACGCCUCCUAUAACUCGAGUUCGACGACGCUAUUUGGCGAGAGCUCGGUGGGGUCUGCGGAUGGCCGCAGUCGAGCGAUCAGCAAUGUCUCCUUCGGCAGUCAUGGUAGCGAGGGUGGAAUGCGGCCCUUUACGCCAUCAGGGGUGCAGGUCCUGGGCAGCGUGAGAGAGCAAAACGUCGAGGACUCGAAGCAAGUUACGGAGAUGGUCGGGCGCAUGCUCCAGUGCAUGAGUGUCCUGGCGAGCUUGGGGGGUGUCGGCGGAGCAGAUGACGAGGGCAACAGGAAGGUGAUUGAGCUCUGUAAGAUGCUCAAACUGAAUUGGCUAGGCAGAGGAAGGACUGGGAGGAACAGGAUGGGCAUCGUGGGCGGCAGAGUCAAGCGCGAAGGGCCGCGGGAAGAAUUACGGGUCUCAUGA